AUGGGUAUUUGUGGGUUUCUAUGCUGUAAAGGCAAAUCUCGGGAUGGCCCCUACGAACCGGUUCUGGCCGAGAGCGAACGAGAAGCUGUGGCUGACCUCUUACAAUACCUCGAAAACCGUGGUGAAACAGACUUUUUCUCAGGAGAACCACUUCAAGCUCUUAGCACCCUCGUAUUUUCGGACAAUGUUGAUCUUCAGCGGAGCGCUAGCCUAACCUUUGCUGAAAUCACCGAAAGAGAUGUUCGCGAAGUAGAUCGAGAUACUCUAGAGCCUAUUCUUUUUUUGCUUCAAAGUCCAGAUAUAGAGGUACAGCGUGCAGCGAGCGCUGCCCUCGGAAACUUAGCUGUCAAUACCGAAAACAAAGUCGCUAUAGUCCUUCUCGGUGGACUCACUCCUCUUAUUCGCCAAAUGAUGUCGCCGAACGUUGAAGUCCAAUGCAAUGCAGUCGGAUGCAUCACAAACCUAGCAACCCAUGAAGAUAACAAAGCAAAGAUAGCAAGAUCAGGUGCUUUAGGUCCCUUGACACGACUUGCAAAAUCUAAAGACAUGCGAGUACAGCGCAACGCAACUGGUGCAUUACUUAACAUGACACACUCAGACGAAAAUCGUCAACAACUCGUCAAUGCAGGCGCUAUACCUGUGCUCGUCCAACUACUGUCGUCUUCUGAUGUUGAUGUACAGUACUACUGCACAACUGCUCUUAGCAACAUUGCUGUUGAUGCUAAUAAUCGUAAAAAGCUUUCUCAAAAUGAGAACCGACUUGUUCAAUCUCUAGUAAACCUUAUGGACUCAUCGUCGCCUAAAGUUCAAUGCCAGGCAGCACUUGCUUUAAGAAAUCUUGCUUCAGAUGAAAAGUACCAAUUAGAAAUAGUUCGUGCAGGUGGCCUAGCACCUCUAUUACGGCUACUUCAGUCUUCAUACUUACCACUAAUACUUUCCGCUGUGGCUUGUAUUCGUAAUAUUUCUAUCCACCCCCAUAACGAGUCGCCAAUUAUCGAUGCUGGGUUUCUCAAACCACUCGUUGGUCUUUUGGGGUCAACAGACAAUGAGGAGAUCCAGUGUCACGCAAUUUCAACGCUUCGAAAUCUAGCUGCAAGCUCUGACAGGAACAAAGCUUUAGUACUGGAAGCAGGUGCCGUACAAAAGUGCAAACAACUAGUCCUUGACGUACCACUAAGCGUACAAUCAGAGAUGACAGCAGCGAUUGCCGUUCUAGCCCUAAGCGACGAACUCAAAUCACACUUAUUAAACUUAGGUGUCUUUGAUGUCCUAAUACCACUGACUAAUUCUCAGAGUAUCGAAGUUCAGGGAAACAGCGCUGCAGCGCUCGGAAAUCUUUCAUCAAAAGUUGGUGACUACUCUAUUUUUAUACAAGAUUGGGAUAGCCCUAACGAAGGUAUUCACGGUUACUUGAAGCGCUUUUUAGCCAGUGGUGACGCCACAUUUCAACACAUAGCGAUUUGGACUCUCUUACAACUUUUAGAAUCCGAAGACAAAAAGUUAAUAAAUCUUAUCGGGAAAUCGGACAGUAUCGUUGAAAUGAUUAGGAAAAUUGCCGACACUCAGGUCGAGUCUGAAGAUGAAGGUGAAGAAGAUAGCGAGGUCGAAGUAGUACAACUAGCACAGAGGUCCUUACAACUCCUUGGACAAACAAAAUUAUCGCACAUUGAGGGCUAA